AUGGACUGGUUCCGCGAGCAGAAGACGGCGGUGCAGAUGUACGAUAUUAAGCACGGCGCCGACGCCGCCAAGAACGCCAACGGCGACGCGUACAAGGCGAACCGGCUCCAGCACAUCGACUGGGACACAGUCGGUGGCGGUGCUAUCUUUGCCGGUGUGCCGUCGGACCCCUCGGGGGUGGGGCGCAUGGGGGCGUUCGUCGCUUGCGGCAACACGCUGCCACGCGCCCGCGAGACGGUUUUGGGCGUGGAGGGCGGGGACAGGGGCGGGAGGGUGGGGAGGUGGGACCCGCGGACGGGGUCCGGGACGGUCGAGGCCGUCAAGGGCCAGUACACGGACGCAGAGGGGAAUGUCGUGCGAGGGAGCUCGGUCGUAAAGUUCUUUUCCGUGUACCUGUGUUAG